GAACUCUUAUCUACCUUCCCCUCCUCUUCUCUUCUCUCCCACUCUGAACCUUGAACCUGUAAGAAGCACCUACACUCAAAAUCUUAAGAGAAGCAAUGUCUAUUCAGAGCUCUGGUCUGAGGCUACCACCUACUAUCACCACCACCACCACCACCAACACCAGUAAAACCAGUCACCCUCUUCUUCUUCGGAAGCAAAACAAGUCAAUACAAAUGUGUCUUGCAUCAUCAACGGUUGUUCAUCCAUCUCAAACAUCUUCUAUUCAGAUUGUGGGUGGCAAGGCGCCGAAUUGGUACAGUAAUGGGGAUACAUAUGAGGGGGCUGAUGGAGAAAUUGAUUGGCCUGAUUUAGAUGCAGACCUACAAUAUUGGACCAGAUUACUUCGUCCUGUUCAGUGGUAUCCUGGUCAUAUUGCAAAAACUGAGAAGGAGCUUAAAGAACAACUCAAAUUGAUGGAUGUUGUCAUAGAGGUUCGAGAUGCAAGAAUACCUCUUGCCACAGGUCAUCCCCAGAUGGAGGCUUGGAUUGGCAGUAGGAAAAGAAUUCUAGUUCUCAAUAGAGAAGAUUUGAUUUCCACUUCCGAUAGAAAUGCAUGGGCACAUUAUUUCGCCAACCAGGGGACGAAAGUUGUCUUUGCCAAUGGGAAACUUGGGACGGGAGCCAUCAAACUUGGGAGAUUAGCAAAGUCUAUGGCUGUUGGGGUGAAUGUCAAGCGUAAAUCAAAAGGAUUACUUCCCCGUGCAGUUAGGGCUGGAAUAGUUGGGUAUCCAAAUGUUGGUAAAUCUUCUCUUAUUAACCGUUUGCUGAAGCGGCGUUUAUGUACUGCAGCUCCUAGACCUGGUGUCACAAGGCAUUUGAAAUGGGUCCAUUUUGGGAAAGAUCUGGAGCUGCUAGAUUCUCCUGGUAUAAUCCCGAUGAGAAUAAGUGACCAAACAUCUGCAAUAAAGCUUGCUAUAUGUGAUGACAUUGGAGAAAGAUCAUAUAAUGUCGCUGAUGUGGCUGCAAUUCUUGUACAGAUGCUGAUGAGGAUACCGACAGUAGGUUCAAAAGCUCUUUAUCAGCGUUACAAGAUCAUUGCAGAGGGUCCUGGGCACAGUGGGAAAAUAUUUGUUGAUAAAUUGGCUCUUCAAAUGUUCAACGGAGAUGUUCAUCAAGCAUCAUUUCGUCUCUUGACAGACUUUCGAAAAGGGAAAUUUGGUUGGGUUGCACUUGAGAGGCCACCAAAACAGUAAUUAAUGGUUGGCUAUUUCAAAUGGUUAAAUUUUGACACUUCCAUAUAGUUUCUCUGGAUAAAAUCUAUGUAGAUACCACUGAAAUUUGGAGGCUGCACCUGGAUAUCAGAAUGGAUGCAUGUUGACCUGAUGUUAUAACUCGUCAAGGCCAUGCCUGGUAUCUCGCAGGGACAUAUCACUUCGGGGAUGCUUGGUCUGAUUUUAUAGUAUGCAAAUUUUCUCGCCAAUUUGCAACAGGCUCGCACUGAAGGCUGAAUCUGCUGCAAAGUUUUGCAGUAAAGAAAUCAGAGAGAAAAUAUGCUCGCUUUAUAUUCCGUUUAAACUUCUCUGUAAUAUUCGUCUCUCGUGCAACCGUAUUCCGAUCUCCUUCAUGUUCCUUAAAAGAGAUCAAAAUCUUCCUAUAUAAAUCUUUGUUUAUGUAUAAAUUUCGAAAAUAUCGUUGUUUGUGUCUGUGAGUUGCAAA